AGAAGGGAAGCUAUUCACGAACAAGUGUGCUGCUGUGUUUGGUCCUUUGCUAAUCCCUCCUCUCGUCUCAUUUUAGUCAUACGGAAUCGAUAUUCCCGUAAGGGCAGACCUACAGCAGCCUCUAUCCGUAUCGACACUUUACUGGAUAAAAGAGGAAGCGACGGGUUGGGAAACGGAGGAUCCGGAGUGUCCUUCCUCUGCGCUCAGUACGCACAGUCAAAGGAGACCUUGUCGAUGCGCACCAAGAUCCGCAAGAGGACAUGAUGUAUGCGCACCAGGGAGCAACGAUGAACUUCACCUCCUCUGACAGACCCUAGAGUCAUUUGGAUGUCACUACUGUAUUCUAUUGCAGUUUGUGCUUGACCACAUGCAUGGCAGGAGGAUUUGGAUUUAAACAGCAACAAGUGAAAUUGAGCGUCCUCUGGGGCAGGAGCGGACAGAGCAGGGCACACUGAGGAAUGCAGAGCCGGGAUUUUGUCUUUUACAGCUCACCUGCGGAACUACUCGCAGCGCAAACCAAAGCUGUUCCAAAAUUUGUCAAACAGGAAUUGCUACGGAUUCUUCUUUGUCGUUGCAUCAUCAGAGACUGGACACGCAUACUGAACCCAGACGGGGUCAGUGGGCUGCAUAACCUUCUCCGUCUCUUUGUAAUCCUCCAGCCGACCCACGCAGCCGGUGAGCACACGGGGCGCCAUGCUAAGGCAGAUCCUCCUCAACUCGACCCACACCCCGGACUUCGACUUGGUGCUCAUGGCCCAGUCCUCUACGCACGCGCCUUCCUCCCUGAACGCCUCCCACGAAGGGUCGGUGAGCGUGGCCGCUCUCCUGAGACCCACUGCGGGGCGAGGAGGAGGAGGACUCCGGGAGGGCGAGCUCCACAAACCGGACCUGAUCACAUACAUAGUCAUGUGCCUGCUGCUCUUCCUGUUGGUGUUGCUCAUUGUGUUCUUCAUCAACUGUCAGCUGCGGAACUCUUUCUUCGCUUCCAUGCCAUAUGACAGGUCACUGAGAGAGGCCAGGACCUCCUACAAGUAAGCUAGACCCCCAGGACAAAUAUCUGGGACUCUGAGACUGUUGUUGGGGUUUAAUGAUUAACUGGUCACCCCUGAACUGCUGCAAGUACUGGACUCAUGAAAUUGUUGCCUUUAUCAGUUGUUUUGAACUCAUUGGAAAGCAUAAGUAACCUGGAAUCCCCAACAAAACCCCAAAUUAUAGGUCCAGGUGAUAAUUAAAGAGAUGUUUCCCACAUUUUUCACUUUAAGGCCUAAAUCACCAUCCCAAAGAAAUGCCCCUCAGGCCGUGGGUGUCAUUUCAGAAGAUUAAUGGGGCUUGGGCCUACUUCAGGUGGAAGGAUACCACUAUAACUCCUGAUUAAAUUAGUGACUUGUAUAUUUUCUGGUAAUGACUUAAUAAAGUGUGAAACAAUCCAUCAUCCUCUGCAACCCUCCUCGUGAUGCCACACUGCACUUUGGAAACACAUUACGUAUUCCUUUACAUUACACUCCCAAGCUUGUAUUUAUUCGUCUGGCUGAUACGAAUUUGACCUGGUGUCUGCAAUCUGCAGAAAUUCAUAGUAUUUCACACAGGCGGGAGUGUUCCAUGGUAAAAUGACUUAUGGUAACAGGAAGAGUCUACAGUAGAUUGUAUAUACAAUAUUUUGUAUGCCUGUAAUUUAACUGUCUUGUCUUGCAACAUUAUGAAAUCAACACAAAAUGUCCCUCUGUCCAUUGUAAAAUGCUGAUUAAAUGCCAGAAUAUAGGCCCAUAUC